AUGGCGAAGAUUCUCGACACGACCAAGGACCUCGCCGCGCAGUUCGUCCAGCAGGCACAGGCGACGCCCAAUGCCGUUGCGCUCGAGGACGAGAAUGUCUCCCUGACCUACGCCGACCUCGACCGCGAGACCUGGGCGCUCGCCGAUAAGCUGCGCCAGUAUGGCGUCGGCCGCGAGGACCUCGUCGGUGUCCUCAUGGGCCGCAGCGCCGACAAUGUCAUCGCCUCGCUUGCCGCACUGCGCGCCGGAGGCGCAUACCUCGUCCUCGAAUUGGCCUAUCCGGCUGGCCUGUUGCGGGACGUGAUUGACGACGCAAAGCCCAAGGUCAUUGUCACACAAAAGGCCCACGCCGGUAACAUCAAGGCCGACGUGCCCGUCAUUAUCAUCGACCAGCCCGAUGUAACGAGCAUCGGUGCCCAAAAGCCCGUCCUGCUGUCGGCCGAGAUGUACGCCCCGCUACCAGACGAGGAGGACAUUGACCGUCUGGCCUUUGUGUCGUACUCGUCGGGUACGACGGGCCAGCCAAAGGGCAUUGCCAACCCGCACAGGGCGUCGAUCCUCUCGUACGACCUGCGGUUCAACCUGCAAGACCUCCAGCCCGGCGACAGGGUGGCCUGCAACGUCUUCUUCGUCUGGGAAAUGCUGCGGCCGCUGCUGCGCGGUGCGACGACAGUUGCCGUGCCCGAUCAUGCGAGCUACGACCCUGUUGGCCUGGUCGAAUUCCUUUCUUCGCGAAACAUUACCGAUACCCUCAUGACACCCACACUCCUCGCGACCGUCCUCUCUCGACACUCGAACCUCGGCGAGAAGCUGCCGCACCUGAAGUCGUUGUGGCUGAAUGGUGAGGUGGUAACAACAGACCUCUGCCGCCGGGCGUUUGCGGCGCUGCCCCAGACCCGCCUGCUCAACGUCUACAGCGCAAGCGAGACGCACGAGGUCGCUGCAGGGGACAUCAAGACCUUUGUCGACUUCGAGGCCCGCGUCUGCCCUGUAGGCCCACCUCUUGACCCCGAACAUAUCUAUAUCCUCGACGAAGCCGGCAACAGGGUAGCGGUUGGUACGAGCGGCGAACUCUACGUCGGAGGUGAGCUGCUGGCCCGAGGCUACCUCAACCUCCCCGAGACGACGGCCAAGGCCUUCCAGGUCGAUCCGUUCGAGCCCAGGCCGGAUGCCCGCAUGUACCGCACCGGAGACAUGGCACGGCUCCUGCCCUCGGGACUGCUCGAGAUUACUGGCCGUGUAGGCGGCAUGAUCAAGACUCGAGGCUACACUGUCCAGCCUGGCGCUGUCGAAACAUCCAUCGUCAAGCAUCUUGCUGUGCGAGACUGCGCUGUCGUUGCGCGGGGUGAGGGCCUCGAGAAGCAGCUGGUGGCCUACGUUGUGCCGGACAAGGGUGAGCCCCGUGGUCGCACGGUGUUGGUGAUCGAUGAGUCGGGAUACAGCCCCGUGGCGCGUCGCGCCCUUUCGGAUCACCUGGCGCAUUACAUGAUCCCGCCAUUGUGGGUGGAGCUUGAUGAGCUUCCGACUCACGGCGUGUCUGGCAAGGUUGAUCUGAAGGCUCUCCCGCCGCCACCGUCUCCCAAGACUCCGGCUGUCAAGGACAAGAAGAAGGAGCAUGACACCAAGAUUAAGAUGGACACGAUUAUCAAGAUGUGGGCUGCGUCGCUCAACGUCCCUGCCAGCGCCAUCACUCCGAAUCACAGCUUCUUCGAUUUGGGCGGCCACUCGCUCAUUCUGGCAGACUUGGCUGGCCGGCUCACACGCGCAUUCGGUUUCCCCGUCCCGCUUGCGCCCCUGGCCGGUACUCCUACGCUCGAGGGACACUUGGAUGCCGUUAGAGCCGCGCGCGAUGGCCACACCGCUGCGGUGCAGGCCGACCUGCCUGCCGUCCUGCGCGCCGACUGUAUACUGCCAGACGAGAUUCAGUCCAACGGCACUCCCCUGCGCAGGCUGAACGACGCCGACACCGUUCUGCUUACCGGUACCACCGGCUACCUUGGUGCCUUUCUCCUCAAGGCCAUUCUCGAGAACACUUCGGCCCAUGUUCUCUGCCUUGUUCGGUUCACGGAGCCGGCUGAAAACUACCGGCCGGCCGGUAUCGCUCGUAUUCGCAAGAACCUCAUCGACCUGGGCAUCUGGGAUGACACGAUGCUGGACCGCAUGGAGAUUGUGCCCGGUAACCUGGCGCGCAACCGACUUGGUCUGUCGCCGGAGGCGUUUAGCGAGCUCGCCUCCCGCGUCGAGGUCAUCAUCCAUGCCGCCGCAACGGUGAACCUGGUUUACCCCUACGCUGCGCUGAGAAACGCCAACGUGGGCGGCACACGCGAGAUCUUGCGCCUGGCAUCCCGCGCCGGAGCGACGGUGCACCAUGUUUCUACCAACGGCGUUCUGCCCCCCUCGAUCAAGGGAUGGAACGAGGAAACCAUGCUGGACAUCGACUCUGUGCCGGAGAAGCUGCUAGACGGCUAUGGCCAGACCAAGUGGGUGGCCGAAAAGCUCGUCUACGAGGCCGGGCGACGCGGCAUCCCGGUCAAGGUGUACCGCCCCGGUACCAUCAGUGGGCACAGCGUGACGGGCUCAACCAACACUUAUGAUCUCCUGAAUGCUCUGUUCGUGGAGUCUCUUCACCUCGGCUACGCGCCCGAAGUCGACAGCUGGCUCGCCGAAAUGACGCCUGUUGACUUUGUUAGUGAUGCCAUUAUCACGCUCGCCAACCACCCAGAUACGAAGCAGCGCUUGUACCACCUGGGAGACCCCAACCCGGUGACGGCGAACGAGGUGUUUGACAGCCUCAAUGCCUUGGGUUACCCGACCAAGAAGCUGCCCUUUGACGACUGGGUGGCACUGUGGAACGAGAAGCGCGGCUCCCGAGUCGAGGACAACCCUUUCACGGUCGACAUUCUGCGCGGUGGCAUGCCGACGGUGGAUACGCUGCAGUGCGUGACGGUGCUCAAGGAUGAUGCUACGCAGCCAGCCUUGGACAUUUAUGGCCUGAAGCGUCCCAAGAUUGACACGUGCUUGUGGGAGACGUACGCGCGUCACUUCUAUGCGCGUGGUUGGCUGCCCCGUCCGCCUCGUCGACUGCACGUCAACGGCAAUGGGAUCCACUCGAACGCCAAGAAGGGCCGCCUGGCAGGCAAGGUCGCCGUCGUGACCGGCGCGUCGUCGGGAAUGGGUGCUGCGGUGGCGGCCAAGCUAGCCGGGGAGGGCGCGCACGUCGCUAUCGCGGCGCGCCGCAAGGACAAGCUGCAAGAGCUCAAGGACCAGCUCGCUGGGAGCUGCGGCAAGAUUCUGGCGCACCCGACGGACGUUACCAGCGCAGAGCAGGUGAAGUCGCUCAUGGAGACCGUCACGGAGAAGCUCGGCGACAUCGACAUUCUCGUGGUGUGCGCCGGCGUCAUGUACUUUACGCUCAUGGCCAACGCACAGACGGAGGAGUGGGAACGCACGGUCGACGUCAACUGCAAGGGUCUGCUGCACUGUCUGGGAUCUACCGUGCCGGGCUUCUUGAAGCGCGGCAAGGGCCACAUCGUGACCAUUUCCUCGGAUGCGGGCCGCAAGGUGUUCCCCGGCCUGGGAGUUUAUUCGGGCAGCAAAUUCUUCAUCGAGGCGACGCUCCAGGCGCUGCGACUGGAGACGGCCAACUCGGGCCUGCGCGUAACGUCAAUCCAGCCGGGCAACGUGGACACGGACCUGCUCGGCAUCUCGACGGACCAAGAGGCGCUCAAGAAGUACGGCGAGCCGUCGGGCGCCAAGGUGCUGGACGCGGAGGACGUUGCUGGCGCCAUCAUGUAUGCGGUGCUGCAGCCGGAGCACGUGGCGGUGAAUGAGGUGCUCAUCGAGCCGCGCGAGGAGCCGAUUUAA